AUGGUGUCUGUUGGGGAUUAUUACUGGAGAAACUACGGGGGAUCUUACUAUCUGGCUCAGGAUUAUCAGAUGCCACAAACAGUGCCCCGGUCCGGGUGCAGCCCGCCGUCGGCUUCUCAAGGCGAAAGAGCAGUCCCCGGCUCCCCCGCUGAUCUACAACAUCUUCUGCGCCUGCUCGGCGCUGCUUCCCCCCCAGAACCGAUGCUUCACUCUCCCCCAAACCCACACAACAAGCCACCCCCACCCUAUCCAGAAGAUAACACAAACAACGUUUUCUUGGAACGCCUAUACGACUUCGAGGGUUACCCUACUCCCUCGCCAUCUUCGGACGAAGGUUCUAUUCCAGCAGUCACCCUGCAGCCUUCAUCGCCCUACAGUUCUCUUCAGUACUCUCCACAAGUGUACAUCAAAGAAGAACCUAACAGACUUGCCGUGCCCGGCUUUGCCUCCCCCUAUCCCUUAUCUCCGUCGGGAUCGUGCGUAUCAUACGGAAGCCACAAUCAAUACUCAUCACCAGUCCCACAACACGAGGAAUACAUAGAUAUAGAAGAACUUCUAAAAGAAAAUCAGAUUUUACAAGAAAGUGUACAACAUAGUUACAUCACACCUAAAAUCGAAGUUGAAGAGCCAAGAGACCACAUUCUGCUGCGAUCAGCACUAGAAGACACAUCUUUCCAGAAGAGAUUAAAUCUCAGACCAAUUCCUUUAGAAUUGGGAAGUGUGAAAAUGGAAGAGAGCAGUGGAGGUGACGAUUCUCUAGUGGCACCAGACAUCGAUCGAGUUCUCAGCAUGGCCAUCGAACAGACCAAGAGAGACGUAGACAACACAUGCACAGUACUUGGAAUCUCACCAGAUCCAAUGCAGUGGAGCACUGGGGACGUAAAGUCAUGGGUGAUGUUCACAUUGCAACAUUACAACCUGCCAAUGGUACCCAUGGAAAACUUCACAAUGGAUGGCGCAGCGCUUGUAGCACUAACAGAAGAAGAAUUCAACCACAGAGCACCUCAGGCGGGAAGUACGUUGUAUGCUCAGUUAGAGAUCUGGAGAACAUCACAGGGGUCUGAUCAUCAGCAGUUAUCAGCUUCACCGAUCCCAACACCAGCAGGAUUACCGUCUGCCGACGACAUGAGUGAUGGGUUGGCAAAGAAUCAAGAUUUAGCAACGGAUAAGAUAGAUGAGGACUCAGAGUCAGCGGGUACGAGUGCGACUGUUGGAGGCGGUAAAGCAAAGACUGGAAGCACACAUAUACACCUGUGGCAGUUUCUGAAGGAACUCCUGGCAUCUCCUCAUGUACACGGUUCAGCGAUACGGUGGUUAGACCGAAGUAACGGUGUGUUCAAGAUUGAGGAUUCAGUGCGUGUCGCCAGACUGUGGGGCAAAAGAAAGAACAGGCCUGCUAUGAACUACGACAAACUGUCCAGAAGCAUCAGACAAUACUACAAGAAGGGCAUCAUGAAGAAAACGGAGAGGAGCCAAAGACUCGUCUACCAGUUCUGUCAUCCGUAUUGCUUAUAA